UCUCUCUUGUAUCGUCUCUACCUAAAUCUUCUCCACCUAACCUACCCCAGCUUCAGGUCAAGCUCACGCCCAUUAUCUUGACCUCACGUGAACUAUCUCAGCUCCUAAUAACACCAAUGGCUAUAGAACUAUCCCUGGAAGAACUACCUGGACGACCCUCUAAUAGGCCCCCAACGACUAAACAAACAUGACAUUUCAGAAUUUUCUCAGGUCUUCUAGGCUGUGUGCUGUGACUCCCACCGCCAUUACCAACAAGUUACAUAUUGGCGUUAUUGGUGCACCAUUCAAUAAAGGACAGGUUAAGAGGCAUACAGGUGUAGAGAAUGGACCACAGGCCAUCAAGAAUACAGGCUUCAUCAAGGAACUAAAGAAUCUGGGACUUCAGGUGGAGGAUUAUGGUAACGUCGAGAUGCAGCAGGACAAGAACGAGUGUGAGGAAGAAGGCCCCAGCGGUGAGCACUGCCACAAGCAGGUGCUGGAGUAUAGCCAACGCCUCGCCUCCUCCGUCACCCGGGUAGUGAAGGAUGGGAGGGUGUGUGUCACUCUGGGAGGGGAUCACUCUACGGCUAUUGGGACUAUUACUGGUGUUGCUCAAGCUAAUACCGACCACCAGGUGGUGGUGUUAUGGGUAGACGCUCAUGCAGACAUUAACACCGGAUCAACAUCUACUUCAGGUAACAUGCACGGGAUGCCUGUGUCUUACUUGCUGAGGGAACUGGCCGACCAAGUCAACCGCCUACCUGACAACUGGCCUAAACCUUGUAUGUCAGCUAACCAUAUCGCUUACAUUGGACUUCGUGACGUUGACAAUGCCGAACAACAGUUCCUGGACAAGCUGAACAUCCUAGCCUUCGGAAUGAGUGACGUGGAUAAGUUAGGUCUGUGUACAGUCAUCAAACGCUGUCUGGAGCACCUCAAGCCCUCAGCUACCAGGCCCCUUCACCUCUCCUUUGAUAUCGACUCCCUGGACCCCUACGAGGCUCCGAGUACAGGGACGCCAGUACGAGGGGGACUCAACCUACGAGAAGGGCUACUAAUCACAGAGGCAGUGAGGGAGACUGGCCAUCUUACUGCCAUUGACCUGGUUGAGGUUAAUCCCCAGCUUGGUGACUCUAAGGACGCUGACCAUACUGCUCAAGCUGCCAGACUCAUCCUGCUGGGAGCUCUUCAUGGGCACAGGGGAACGUAGAAGCUGUGUGUCACCUUGUGCUCCACUGUUGAAGUAAUGAUCUGAGGCGAUUCUCUUUUGUUUUUCUCCUGAGUAAGGAUUAUAAACACCGGUCUGUAUUUUAAGAAAAGUUGAAUGAUGUCUUAAAACUGUGACGUGACUCUGAUUUGUUUUUCUCAAGGAUUUAAAAAAUAUACUUUGUUUUGCCCUAUCACGUCACACUUUAUUACCAAUACAACGUACAGAUAUGACAUGAUAAUACAAAUAAGACAAUUCAGUAGACUUCAACGUUAACUAAACCUAAAGAUUAUUGCCAUUAAGGCUAUUUGUCUGCGAAUAUAGAAAUAAAUGAACACAAUAUAAGGCUUCUAGGGUGGGUGAAACUUUCCUUUUUUCGAUUUUCUGUCAAUCUUUUCACUGGCACAAUCUCUCUUCAGCAUCCAGCAGUAGUCUGCCAUCAUGUUCACAUUCCACCUUCUUUGAUACCUCUUUUCCAUUUCCUUAAUGUCCUGGUGAAAUCUUUCGCCUUGCUCUUCACUUAAAUUACAUAAAUUUUCAGGAAAAUACUCAAGAUGGGAAUGUAAGAACUGCACUCUAUGCUCAUAUUGCAAACUAUGUUUUUAAAGUUAUUCAACAUACGGUACCUUUAACAAUGUGUUGAUAGUUUAGAUCUUUUAUAUUACCUAAAAACUAUACACAACAUUCUUGAAACUAUUCCAUGCUUCUUUCUCACACUGGUUCAACGACUCUUCAAAUUGGUGAUCCAACAUUAACUUUCGUAUUUGAUGGCCCACGAAAAUGACAGCUUUGAUUUUUUUCAUAUGUGAUUGAUGGAAAUUCCCUGCAUAUGUGCCUGAAACAAUCACUUUCCUUAUCUAGGGCUUUUACAAAUUGUUUCAUUAACCCUAAUUUAAUAUGCAGAGGAGGCAACAGCACUUUCUUAGGGUUAAUCAAUGGUUCAUGUAGAAUAUUUUUUGAACCUGGCACAAGAGCCUGUCUAGGUGGCCAGUGUUUUUUGUCCCAAUGUUCACGUCUUGCUCUGCUGUCCCACUCACACAAAAAACAUGGCAUUUUCGUGUAUCCACUCUGUUGACCAAGCGACAAAACAUUGACUUUGAAAUCUCCACAAACCAACUAACCAUGAUCUUUAUAAUGAACUUUCUCGCGAAGCAUCUGCAAAUGUUCAUAAGUUUCCUGAAGAUGAACAGAGUGAGCCACAGGAAUUGAUGAAAAUACAUUUCCAUUAUGAAGUAAAACUCCUUUGAGACUUGUUUUUGAAGAAUCAAUGAACAACCUCCGUUCAGUGGCUGUAUAGGUAAUGCCAAAAUAGUUAAUUAAAGCAGACACAUUAUUACAAUAAACCAAGGAGCCUUCCUCUGAAAAAAAAAAGAACUAGUUCUUGUUCACGUUGCCUAUACCAUGAAUAAUAUGUCCCUUUGGUCAAUAACUUCUUUGAUUUCAACCUAGAUCCUAAAAGUCCAGUAGACUCCCUUGGUUAAUUCGAAUCCCUAACCAGAUCGAUAAGUUCACUGUGGGUAAACACCUCCGGUACAUCACUAAUAUCUUCAGGUUGAUAAACAUCACUUCUGUUACCUGACGAUGAAUCACGGUCACGGACUGCAACACAUCUGGUGACCGGAACCUCAGGACCAUGUGGCACUGUUAAUGGUGACCGGAACCUCAGGAGCAUGUGGCACUGUUAAUGGUGACCGGAACCUCAGGACCAUGUGGCACUGUUAAUGGUGACCGGAACCUCAGGACCAUGUGGCACUGUUAAUGGUGACCGGAACCUCAGGACCAUGUGGCACUGUUGUGUUGACCGGAACCUCAG